GCAAUCCGAAAAUCGGGCCGCCAGUCUUCGGUUCGAGCUCAGCCAACGAAGUCGCAGCGCGGAAAAGUAUCGCAGUUAAAGAAAGACAGACAUACAGAGUACAGCCCCUCUCUGUCGCACCCAAAACAAGCUGGGCUUUUGGCCAAACUCCAACACGAAUUUGAAUUUAAAAUUGGACACAUACAAAAAGCGAUGUCAUAAUGGAGCCAAUGACCAUGCUGGUGUUGGCCUUCCAGCUGCUGGCGCUCUUCUCGAUCGCCGGUGCGCUGCUCAUCUACCUGAUCUGCAAGGUGCGCGAGGACAGCGCCUCGGCCUCGGCGGACUCGCAGCCCAGCCGGGUGGUGCUGGUCACCAGCGCGGACACCGCCUUGGGCCUCCAGCUGUGCACCCAUCUGGCGAACAAGGGAUGCCGCGUGUUCGCCGGCAUGAAGGAGGCCCACGAUUCGCUGCCCGCCAAGCUGCUCUGCGGCUGGAUGAAGAUCCGGGAGUACAGUGAGGAGCCGAUUGCGGGCACCAUCAUUCCGAUGCGGCUGGAUGUCACGCGGGAGGAUGUGCUGCGCGAGGCCACCGUCUCCAUGGGCGCCCAUUUGAACGCCGAUGAGCGCGGCAUUGCGGCCGUAAUCAACACCAGUGGCAGUGUGUUCCGAGGCAAGGUGGAGUCACAGGAUGUGCAGCAGUGGGAGCACAUGCUCAAGACCAACAUCCUGGGCACGCUGCGUGUGGCCAAGGCUUUCGUGGGCUUCCUGCGUCCCACGCGCGGCCGUCUUCUAUACUUGGGCGGCGGCGGUGGCGGCGGUGAGGCCACUCGCACCGGUGGCGAUGGACUGGUGGCCUUCAAUGCCUCGCGCGUGGCCGUGGACAAGUGCGCCGAGGAGCUGCGCAAGGAGCUGCAGCCCUAUGGCGUCAGCGUGGUGGCCCUGGACACCUGCGGCAUGACGGCGGAGUCAUUGUACAAGGCGCCGGUGGCACAGACCGUCUCCUCCACCGCUGGAGCUCCCACGCAGUAUACGGCGGAUGUGCUCAGUCCGGGCGCCCUCCAGGUGAUCGAGCGGGCGCUGUGGGACUUUGCUCCGCAGCAGCGCUAUCCGCUGCUGAGCCACAACAAGUACCAAUUCACGUUGCCAUGUCGCUCCUCGCUGCGUCUCCAAAGGCCGGUAGCUUCAUCCGCCGGCGAGUCCGCCACCCAGUCGGUUUGAGAUCCGUCUCCUUUCGAUUCCGCUUCCUGUAUAUAUGCUCCCGAUCCCGAUCCUGAUCCUGAUCCAUAUCCAGAUCCCAAUCCCAUUUCUCGGCCCUAUACAGCUGCUGUUUCCUGUUCUCUGUUUUAACCUAUCUGCAAAUUAUUUUUGUUUGAUGAUAUUUCUUCCUUUAGGAAGGCCUUUAUAAUAUUUACUUUAUACUCGUUUUUGUACACACUGCUAAAAGGUGUAAAUUGAGGGACAUCAUAUGUAAUGUUACGAUACAUGAAAAAAUAAAUCUUUGUGCUAAUCUA